AUGCCGAAAGGAAGUUGCGUCUGUGGUGAUUUCACCUACGAAUUGGACGGCGCGCCUCAUACCGCGCUCAUCUGCCAUUGUGUUCCCUGUCAGAAGAGCGGUGGACCUAACGGUAGCUAUGACCUGAUCAUUAAACAAGACAAGGUCAAAAAGCUCGCUGGCAAGACAAAGUCCUUUGUGCGGAAAGGCGACUCGGGCAAGGAGCUCGCCUACGACCUGUGUGACAACUGCGGGACCACCAUGUGGUGCACUCUUGAGAUUAUUCCCGGAAUGCUUAUUGUCAAAGCGGGUACGCUCGAUGAUCCAGAGUAUUUGGAACAUGAGGGAAGGCCAGUAAAGGAACUCUUCACGAGGAACCGACCCAGCUGGUGCUGUGGAUUGGAAGGUGUCGAACAGAGAGAAGGAGCAUGA